AACAGCAGCCCAGCUUCCUACAGACCAAAACCACAAGCAGAACAGGCAGGCGUGAGCCACUCACAGGUUGGGUUUGAUCACAUGCGUGUUGGAGAGGAGACAGCAGAGAGACACAGGAACAGGAACAGCAAAGGGCAGAGCAGACCUGCGCCAGGGGCGCAAAACGGCCGUGUCCACCUCCCGGCCCCAAGAUGGUGCUUCCCACAGGCAGCCACACAUAGCAGCCAGAGACAGCUCCAGACAUGUGGCUCUUCUUCGGGAUCGCUGGAUUGCUGACGGCAGCCCUCUCAGGUCAUCCGUCUCCAGCCCCAUCUGACCAGCUCAACACCAGCAGUGCAGUGAGUGAGCUCUGGGAGCCAGGGGAGCGGCUUCCGGUCCGCCUGACGAACGGGAGCAGCAGCUGUAGCGGGACGGUGGAGGUCCGGCUCGAGGCGUCCUGGGAGCCCGCGUGCGGGGCGCUCUGGGACAGCCGCGCCGCAGAGGCCGUGUGCCGAGCACUGGGCUGCGGCGGGGCGGAGGCCGCCUCCCAGCUCGCCCCGCCGACCCCCGAGCUGCCGCCCCCGCCGGCAGCCGGGAACACCAGCGCAGCUGCUAAUGCCACUCUGGCCCGGGCGCCCGCCCUCCUGUGCAGCGGCGCCGAGUGGCGGCUCUGCGAGGUGGUGGAGCACGCGUGCCGCAGCGACGGGAGGCGGGCCCGUGUCACCUGUGCAGAGAACCGCGCGCUGCGCCUGGUGGACGGUGGCGGCGCCUGCGCCGGCCGCGUGGAGAUGCUGGAGCAUGGCGAGUGGGGAUCGGUGUGCGAUGACACUUGGGACCUGGAGGACGCCCACGUGGUGUGCAGGCAACUGGGCUGCGGCUGGGCAGUCCAGGCCCUGCCCGGCUUGCACUUCACGCCCGGCCGCGGUCCUAUCCACCGGGACCAGGUGAACUGCUCCGGGGCCGAAGCUUACCUGUGGGACUGCCCGGGGCUGCCAGGACAGCACUACUGCGGCCACAAAGAGGACGCGGGCGUGGUGUGCUCAGAGCACCAGUCCUGGCGCCUGACAGGGGGCGCUGACCGCUGCGAGGGGCAGGUGGAGGUACACUUCCGAGGGGUCUGGAACACAGUAUGUGACAGUGAGUGGUACUCAUCGGAGGCCAAGGUGCUCUGCCAGUCCUUGGGCUGUGGAACCGCGGUGGAGAGGCCCAAGGGGCUGCCCCACUCCUUGUCCGGCAGGAUGUACUACUCAUGCAACGGGGAGGAGCCCACCCUCUCCAACUGCUCCUGGCGGUUCAACAACUCCAACCUCUGCAGCCAGUCGCUGGCAGCCAGGGUCCUCUGCUCAGCUUCCUGGAGUUUGCACAAUCUGUCCACUCCCGAAGUCCCUGCAAGUGUUCAGACAGUCACUAUCGAAUCUUCUGUGACAGUGAAAAUAGAGAACAAGGAAUCUCGGGAGCUAAUGCUCCUCAUCCCCUCCAUCGUUCUGGGAGUUCUCCUCCUUGGCUCCCUCAUCUUCAUAGCCUUCAUCCUCUUGAGAAUUAAAGGAAAAUAUGCCCUCCCCGUAAUGGUGAACCACCAGCACCUACCUACCACCAUCCCAGCAGGGAGCAAUAGCUAUCAACCGGUCCCCAUCACCAUCCCCAAAGAAGUUCUCAUGCUGCCCAUCCAGGUCCAGGCCCCGCCCCCUGAGGACUCAGACUCUGGCUCGGACUCGGACUAUGAGCACUAUGACUUCAGCGCCCAGCCUCCUGUGGCCCUGACCACCUUCUACAAUUCCCAGCGGCAUCGGGUCACAGAUGAGGAGGUCCAGCAGAGCAGGUUCCAGAUGCCACCCUUGGAGGAAGGACUUGAAGAGUUGCAUGCCUCCCACAUCCCAGCUGCCAACCCUGGACACUGCAUUACAGACCCACCAUCCCUGGGCCCUCAGUGUCACCCAAGGAGCAACAGUGAGUCAAGCACCUCUUCGGGGGAGGAUUACUGCAAUAGUCCCAAAAGCAAGCCGCCUCCAUGGAACCCCCAGGUGUUUCCUUCAGAGAGGAGUUCCUUCCUGGAGCAGCCCCCAAACUUGGAGCUGGCCGGCACCCAGCCAGCCUUUUCAGGGCCCUCGGCUGAUGACAGCUCCAGCACCUCAUCCGGGGAGUGGUACCAGAACUUCCAGCCACCACCCCAGCCCCCUUCGGAGGAGCAGUUUGGCUGUCCAGGGUCCCCCAGCCCUCAGCCUGACUCCACCGACAACGAUGACUACGAUGACAUCGGCGCAGCCUAGGCCGGGGCCAGCCGAGGCUCCUGGGGUGGCUCUGACCCUCUGGCCUCCUGCUCUACCUACUCCCUUUCCCCUUCCCCAGCCUCCCAGCUCACCUCCCCAUGGAGCUGAGAGGCCUCCCUUGGAGAGAUGGGAGGAAACAUUACACUUUGUACCCCUCAGUCUCCAUCCAUCAAGCCAAACCUGCUGCCGCAGCCCUCCCCCAGCCCCAGAUAGCAGCCCCAGGGAGGAUGCUGCCUCCAAGAGGUGUGAGGCCUCUGUCUCGGGGAUGAACAAGCAGAGUCUGGGCUACCUCUCGGCAGCUGGUGGAGGGGAGUUGGGGAGCUGGACUGGAUGACUCUGGAGGUCCCUUCCAAACCUCAAGUGUCUGGCGCUUUGAUUCCCUGAGUUUCUGACACUUCAGGGCCCAGAGGUCCUGGGAGGGGCAGAACUGGGCCCCCAUGCCAGUGCUGCUGCAGGAGGGCCCACGUGCUAGGGGCUGCUGGGCUGUUGUCACUGAUAGGUGGGCGCUGGGGGGAUGGUGUAGCACACCAGCUGUCCCAGGCUUUGCUCCGGGCAGUAACUGCACUUGGGCAGGGAAUAUAGCCUUCCUGGGCACAACUAGCUGACAAUGACAGGUUGACUGUGUACCCCCAACCAAGGAGCUGGGGCCCAAGGCCAGUCCUGUCCCAGAGACACUCCAAGUCCGCCAGGGGCACAGACCAGUUCUGCAGUGACUGUCCCUGGACAAUGGGUGUUUAUUCUGAGCUUCCUAUGGUUUACAAAGAGGGCCCCAGCCCAGCGCCACCAUAGACCCCAGAGAUAGGGGCCCAGUCUCCAUGGGGGCAGGAGCAUAGAGAUGUUUUCCAGGAAGGGGCUCAGAAGCUGCACUAGGCCCCGAGUCCCCAUGUGUCUCCUUGAAUUGAUGAGGAUGCUCCUGGGAGGGAUGCGUGAAUAUGCAGUGUUGUACCCAGGGCUGCAAACGUCUCCAUGCAGCCCCCAGAGAGAGGCCCACAGGCUCAGACCAGGCUUUGUUGUCCUGCUCUGAGUAUCCUGAGAUUAAACUGAAUUGCUGAAUGAAA